AUGCAAAGACCAGCUUUUUUAGACCAGGAUCCUCCUCCUGGUUAUAUUCCUGGUAUUGGAAGAGGUGCUACAGGUUUCUCAACUAGAGGUGACAACAAUAAAAAGAUCCCUAAAAGAUUACAAGGUGAAAAUAUAAGGACAUCCAGUUAUAACUUCAAGCAAAAUGAUAUUAACGAAGAUUUAGAGGCUGAAAAAAUUUUUGGAGACAUUGAUUCAAAAUUAGCUAAACGGAGUAGAGCAUGGAAUAAAAAAAAUGAAGCUAGUAACAACCACAACAACGAUAAUAAUAAUGUUAUUAAUGUUAUUAAUUCUACUAAAAUUUCAGGAAAUUUUAACGACUUAAAACAAUCUCUUUCGAACGUUACUGAUGAUCAAUGGUUAAAUAUACCAGAAGCUGGUGACAUUACAAAAAGGAACAAAAGGCAAAGACUGGAAGAUCAACUAUUAAGGAAAUCUUAUGCUGCUCCAGAUACCCUACUGUCAAAUCAGCUAAAUCUUUCAAAAUUGACUGAAGAAAGAGAUAGACUUUUAGGAAGACAAUUGGAUUCUAGCUUAAUGGAUACAGGGUUUGAAGACAAGAAAAAAGAUGAUGUGGGAAAAUAUUUACAGGAACUGGACGGUAUUGCACCAAAUAAUGAUGAGACAAAUGAUGAUAGUGUCAAUAACAUGCGUGUUAUUUUACAAUCUUAUAUUAAAUCAGACAAACAACACCCUGAAGGAUGGCUGGCUUCUGCAAGGCUAGAGGAAAGGGGUGGAAGAAUUAAAGCGGCUAGGUCAAUCAUAGCAGAUGGAUCUAAAUACUGUCCUAGAAGUGAGGAUAUUUGGCUGGAAAAUAUACGUUUAAAUGAAAUCGAUAAAUAUUUAUGCAAAACUUUAGUUGCCAAGGCUAUUAGAUUCAAUCCGGACUCUUUGGCGCUAUGGAUUAAGGCGAUUGAUUUAGAAGAUGAGACUAUCAAUAAGCAAAGAGUGGUAAGAAAAGCAAUUCAAGAAAUCUCAAAUCAAGAAGAAUUGUGGAAAUUGGCGAUAGAAUAUGAAUCAGAAGAUAAUGAAAAGUUGAGAAUUGCUUUAAAGGCGGUUCAGUUUGUUCCUAAGAGCAUUUAUCUUUGGAAGACAUUAGUUAAAUUUCAACCACAUGAUGAUGCAAAGAUUUCUCUUAAUAAAGUCAAAACAUUUCUACCCAACGAGCCUCAAGUACUAAUCAUGGCUGCUAACAUCGAAGAAAAGUUUAAUAAAAAUUGUACUGUGGACACAAUUGUUGACUUUUUAAUAGACGGAAUCAAAGAACUACAGGAAAAUGGAACAACCCUCCCUUUAUUAACUUGGAUUAAAGAGGCCCAAAAUUUAGGAAAAGAGCCAACUGCUAAAUAUACCUCUGAAGCAAUAAUAAUAGCAGCUUUAAUAUCUGAAAGUGGAGAUCUUUAUUCCUCAGAAAACAUACAACAAAUCAAGAACUUAGAAUCUACCAGUUCAAAAAUAACUGUGUUAAAGUAUCUUUUACAGCAUAAUCCAGGAAAAUUAUCUCUCUGGAAACUGUUAUCAGAUAUUUGCUACACAGAUAAUAAAUCAUCUAUUCUAUUCGAUGUCUUUCAAUCCAUACUAUUUGAAGGCCACCAAGGGAGUGAUGUACUUAAAGGAUAUCCUGUUUUAGCAUUAAUGUAUUCAAAGGCUGUGUGGAAAAAAGAUUGUGAUGUUGAUAGAGCAAUUAAGAUAUUAGAACAAACCUUAACUAUUCUACCAAAAAACCUUGAUAUUUGGUUAGCUAAAAUAAAACUAUUCUCUCGGUCCUCUAGGUUAGCAGAAGUUAGGUCGCUAUUCGAAGAUUCCAUUCAAAAAUUACCAGUUGAUGAAGUUCCAAAUAUUGAAAGGUUAUAUUACAAGUAUAUUAGUUUUUUAAGGUAUCAGAAUGAAAACGAAAAGGCAAUACAGUUACUAGAAAAUGAUUAUAUUCAAAAAUUUAGCUCGAAUCAUAAAUUUUACUUACAAUUAGGACAAAUAUAUGAAACUAUUGGUGAUAUUGAAAGUAGCCGAAAAUGGUUAAAAUAUGGGACUGAGAAAAUUCCAUCAUGCCCAGCAUUAUGGGUUUCAUUAUCUAAAUUAGAUGAAUGUAGUUUCAAUAAUUCAGUUAAGGCAAGGGCUGAUUUGGAUAUGGCUAUAUUAAAAAAUCCAAAGGAAGAACUGCUAUUCCUUGCAAAGGCUCAGCUGGAAAAAAGACUGGGCAAUGUUGAACAAGCCUCGUUAGUUGUGUCUCAAGGUUUAAAGCAAUUAUCUUCUAGUGCGGUACUAUGGGUAGAGAAGAUCAAAUUAUCAAACUCAAAGAAGCCAAUAUCCAAGAAAACCCUUUUCCAAGAUGCUCUAAAGAAUACCUCUAAUAGUUACCUAACAUUACUCGAAAUAGGGAUUUCAUUUUAUCAAGACCUACAAUUCCAAACAGCAUUAAAAUGGCUACAUAGAAGUACAAAGAGCAACCCUCGUUAUGGUGACUCUUGGGUAUGGUUAGCAAGAUGUUACAUAAAAUUGAAGACCCCUAUUAAUUCGUGUAGAGAACAAAUUGAAGAAGUAGAACCAACACAUGGUCCAGAAUGGAUUAGUAUCUCCAAAGAUAUUAAUACUCAAUAUCUGAAACCAUCAGAUAUCCUUGAUAGACUAUUACAAAAAAAAUGUUAA